GUAACACUCAAACCACGCUCAUUUUUGACACACUGUACCUCAGGGUUUAUAAAGACAGUUAAUUAGAGGGUGCCUCGCUCUGCUGAUCUGUUGGAAUUUGAGAUAAUGCCCAACAAAGCCCAAGAGGAUGCUGUAAUUAACCUGAAGACGCUGCAGGAGAUUUCCACCCAGCUUGGUUUUGAGUGGACAGUUUUGGCGUAUGAGCUCGGCUUCAACAGAACUGAGGUUGGGCGGUUCCACACCAAAUCUACAGAGAAGAGUGUCCAGGCCAGGACCAUGUUGGAAAGCUGGUAUGAAAAGUCAUGGGACAAGCCCAAUAAGACCAAGCUGCUGCAGGAUGGACUGGAGCGAGCAGGCAGACGGGACCUGGCUGAGAGGCUGCGGUGCCUCCACUGGGGCCACCAGAAACUGAGCCAGAGGGUGGAGCUGCCCUCCGCCUUCCCUUUCCUCAUCACAGUCCACAAGACCAUCCGCAACCAAGAGGCACUGCGCAGGAUCAACGACCUCAACCGUAGAUACACUUAAAGCUGAGUGAAAAUGCAGCUAUGGCUACACUUUUUUUUUUACUUUACAAAAAUAUUGUACUGUGCACUGCAAGUAGUCUGAAAUUAAUGUAAUUAUACUGAUGCCACUGAACAAACAAAUGAGAAGCAUGAGAUAUGUAGUUAUGUCACUUUUUGUCUUGCAAGAAAUUCAAACGUUGCAAUAAAGAUGAAAAGCUCAUUUUUAGGACUCAUUUUCAGUUGUGUCUAU